AUGUCGUAUGAUAUUUACUUGUCGUUAGGGCUAGGAGUGAUGAAACCCACAUCAGUAAGUUUACAAUUGACUGAUCGAACCACUAUUAGGCCUAGAAGAGUAGCUAAGGAUGUGUUGGUACAAGUUGACAAAUUUUACUACCCUGUUGACUUCUUGAUUUUGGACUUGAAAGUUGAUGUGAAUGUUAACUCCAAUAUUCCCAUUAUUCUUGGUAGAUCUUUUCUUGCUACAGCUAAUGUUCUUAUUAAUUACAGGAACGGUCUAAUGAAACUAUCAUUUGGGAACACGACCCUGGACGUCAACAUCUUUCACAUCAUGAAGCAACCUGAGGAGGAUGACAAGUGUUAUCAAACAUUCAUGAUUGAUGAGCUCGUUCAGGAGGAAGCAGCUGCAAUUAUAGACCCUGACCCUUUGAGCUCUUUCCUUUUGAAUUUUGAAAUUCCAACAGGAUAUGAUAAUGGGAAAUAUGCCGAUAUUUGUGCUACUUUUGAUUAUUUUCAGGAUAUGGGACACCACCCGUGA